GUAAGAUUCUAACAGACUAGCAUUUAAAAAUAAAACCGGAACCGAUGAAAUUUUCUUAAAAAUAUUUAUCGAAAGAAUACCGACCGACCCCUCCGACCGAGCUCUAAUUAAAACUAUUAGAAAUAAAAUUUUGUAGAGAAGCAAGUAAGAUGAAGAAUAGGGAGGGGGUAGUUUCAUACAAAUUUUCCGGACCGGGUACAAUCCUUUUAAGAUUUUAAAAAGAAAGUAAGUCAUUGACUUUAGGAUUCAUAGAUCGAAUUAAGGUUAUUCCUACAGGUUUUUAAAUUGCCUUCGGAUCGGAUUUCGUGUCAAAAAAUGCUAGGAGGGUCGGAUAACUUCCCUGGGUAGGUAAACAAGCCGUCACUGCUUUGUAACAAUGAUAGUAGACCUCCGAGGGAAGCGUCUCUAUUUAUAAAUCCCAAACUCCAAUCCAUUUGAUUUAAGAUAAAGAUUUUUCAGACCCCGUAUUUAAACCAUUUUUAUAAAGCUAUGGACAAGAAGCAGAAUUAAAAGAUACCGGAAGCUCAGUAUCUGGAAUUAAUCAACAACUUUCAAGAACACGAAGAUACAUUAAUGAAGACGAAUAUAAAAAAGAAAAGAUGAGAGAAAGUUUGUACAAAAUUUUAGAAAUAAAUUCUGGUUGGUUAACUGAAGAGCAGAAGGGAGAAUUAAGAAAGGAUUUGAAAAAUGGAAAAUCAUUGGAUGGAGAAAUAUAUGAGAAAGUUUUUCAAUGGUUUAGUAGAUUGAAAUUGACAUUAUCUGAAUGGUCUGAAGCAAAGGAUACUGCUUCAUCUAGUUGCUAUAUUUUUUCGUGGAAGGUAAAAGAGAAUCAUUGCCGUAUUAAAAGGGUUAAAAAUCUGGGAAAUAAAAAUUUCGUUUUCGGGAAAUAGAAAUUUUCGGAAAUUUUGGAAAUUGGAAAUUGGAAAAAUUUCGGAAAUCGGAAUCUGACCGACCUAUGAUACUAAGCAACGAGG